AUGUUUGAUGGUACAACGCCCACAGGCUCACCCGCAAUAAAUAUACCGAGUGCAGGCUCAAAUCCAGGUGAUAAUGGUAGUGGUGGCAAUAGUAAUAAUUCCCAACCUAUAGAUAUCACUUAUCAAAGACAACAAUCCAUAUUCAAUAACUCUAGAUUCAGAAGAGAAUCCAUUGCCCAUUCUCAUGGUAUGGGUGGUGUUUCCUGGGGAUCAGUUACUAUUGGAUCUUGGCUUAAAGAUGAAGUCAUGACUAAUUCAGGUAAUUUUGGGAAUAAUUUUACUCAACCACAAUCUCAUCAACAAUCCCAUCAACAACAACAACAGCAACAACAAUCACAACAGAAUAAUCAAUUCUUAACAGUUAAUCAAGCUUCUAAUCAAAAUUUAAUAAAUCCAAGAAGAGGAUCAUUCCGUCAUAAUAAUAAUUUAGCCAGUAUUUCGAUGUCGCCACCAUUACAAACAUCUUAUUUACCUGAAUUAGAAGCUGAUUAUUGUAAGGAUUAUAGUUGUUGUGGAGAAUUAUUACCCACUUUACAUGAUCUUUUAAGACAUUAUGAAGAAGCUCAUAUAAGUCCAUCACCACCACCUGAUCAUAAUAUAAAUAGAAAUAAUAGAAAUAGUUUUAAUAACAUUCAUAAUGUGUUAGAAACUGUAUCCACUACUGAUGUGUUUUUAAAUAAUACUAAUACCAAUCCUAAUAAUCAAUCAAGUCAUCCAUCUCAUACUAAUAAUUAUCAAUUUCAACCAAAUCAAUCUCAUAAUCAACUUCAUAGUCCUCAAGCUCAACAAAUUUCAAAUCCAAGUUUAAAUUUACAUAAUAAUCAUUAUAAUAUUCAACCUCAAGCUUUAAAUGCUAAUCCAUCAAAUACCUUACAUAAUAAUAAUAGUCAUAUGGGUAAUAAUAAUAAUAAUAAUAAUAGUAAUUCAAAUAAUACUAAUCCAAGUCAAUUACAUCAACAGCAACAACAACAAUCACCAAUCAUGAACUCUCCAAGUUCAGGUACUCCAAUGGAAGAAGAUGAUGGUAUGUAUAUUGAUGAUCCUGCUCGUCAUCUUUAUGUCAUGGAGAGUGAUGAACAUAAACCAUUCAAAUGUCCUGUAAUUGGAUGUGAUAAAAAUUAUAAAAAUCAAAAUGGUUUGAAAUAUCAUCGAUUACAUGGUCAUCAAGGUCAAACUUUAAAAGAAAAUCCCGAUGGUACCAUCUCUGUCAUUGAUCCUGAAUCAAAUGCUCCAUAUCUUGAUGGAGCCGCCAUGGAAAAAGAUAAACCUUAUCGUUGUGAAGUUUGUGGUAAAAGAUAUAAAAAUCUUAAUGGUUUGAAAUAUCAUAGAGGUCAUACUACUCAUUGA